UUCUGUCUCAGACUCUCAGCUUCAUUCUCUGUUUUUCUUUUUCUGUAAAUUAGAUUGAUGGAGACUCCAUAUCCAAAACCCAUAAACCCAAAUCAAACCAGAAUCGGAUGGAUAGGAAUUGGAGUAAUGGGUCAAGCUAUGGCUGCUCGUUUAAUCUCAGCUGGAUAUUCACUCACAGUAUAUGCUAGAACACCACAAAAAGCUUUUUCUCUGCAACAAAAAGGUGCGAUAAUUGUUAAUUCACCUUCUGAUGUUGCUAAUAAGAGUGAUAUAGUGUUUACAAUGGUUGGUCAUCCAUCAGAUGUUAAAUCUGUAGUCUUAGGCGAUAAUGGGGUUUUAUCAGGUUUGACUAAAGGUGGAGUCUUGAUUGAUACAACUAGUAGUGAUCCAGUUCUUGCUAAAGAAAUUGCUUCAAAAGCCCAAUCAAAGGGUUGUUUCGCAAUUGAUUCACCUGUAUCUGGUGGAGAUAUUGGAGCUAGAGAUGGGAAAUUAGCAAUACUUGCUGGUGGAGAUUCUGAUGUCGUGAAAUGGUUAGCACCAGUUUAUGAGGUUUUGGGGAGAGUUACUUAUGUUGGAGAAUCUGGGUGUGGGCAGAGUUGUAAGAUUGCUAAUCAGAUUACAGUUGGUGCCAAUUUGCUUGGAUUGAGUGAAGGGUUAGUAUUUGCAGAGAGAGCAGGACUUGAUAUGAAUAGGUUUGUGGAAUCAAUUAGAGGUGGAGCUGCUGGUUCAAUGGUGAUGGAACUAUUUGGGAAGAGAAUGAUUGAGAGAGAUUUUAGAGCAGGUGGGUUUGCUACAUAUAUGGUUAAAGAUUUGGGAAUGGGUGUCAAUGGUGGAGAAGGGAAAGAUGCAGUGGUUUUACCUGGUGCUGCAUUGUCAAAGCAAUUGUUUUCAAGUAUGGUUGCUAAUGGUGAUGGUAAUAUGGGAACUCAAGGUCUUAUUACUGUCAUUGAGAGGAUUAAUGGUAAAUCAGUUUAAUCUCUUCUAGUCUUACUUUGGGUGAUUCUAUGUUAAACUGAGCAAAUUUAUUUUCGUUGCAAUUUUUCUUUGUUUUAAUUUUGUUAAUUCGUAUCUCCCAAGUAGAAGUGUUAUUUCCAGUAUUCCACUAGUGUACAUUUUCACUGUGAAAACCACCUACACCCCCAUCAGUCAAUUACCACCACUGCAAUAUCUCCAUCAACUCUCACUUUGUGAUUCCUAGUAGUACUCUUCUAUGCCUGGACGUACCACGAUAUACUCUAUUCAGCAUUGAUACUCAGAUGUUUACAGUAGGAUUAUAUUUUAAGGGUAUAAAGAUGAUUACUCUAGGUUCACAUUUUGUUUAUUGAAGUUCUAGUAAAGGGAAUGGUUUUUUCCCAUUUGUUGGCUUCUUUGUGAUUGCUAGUCCGGCAGUGGUAUUUAUUUGUAAUUGGGUUGAACAAGAACAGCGGUUAGUUAGAUUAUCAAGAUGAAGAAGCGGCAGGGAGAUUGGAUAAGGGGUAAAAAUUAUGGAGUUUGAUUGAUAUCUUGAUCCAUAUGAUUUGAAAAAAUCUAAAGAGUGGAGGAUGAUUUUGGAUUACAUAACAAAGAGUGUACUAUUGAGCGAAUUCAGCCUAUUGGGAAUGUUACGAAUUUAAGUGAAUCUGGUUCUGUUGGUGCUCCCUAGGACUGCCAUGGAAAUGGCUUUGGCUGAGCAAUUGAGGAAUUAUAAGUUCUCUGAGGCUUCUGGGAAGAGUGUUAUAAGUGGAUGUUCUUACACGUCUAUUCCCCAGUUGUCAAACAAAAAAGGUGUUGUUGGGCUAGAUGUUACUACGCCGAACCUUGAUAAAACGCAAUUGUUGGAAACCUUAUUGUUGAAGAGUAUGCAGCAGGGUCAGAAGAUUUGCUUUUGGGGGUAGUUGCAAUCUUCAUAUCUUGUGUUUCUUAUGGGGCAGUCACUUGUAUCGUUUUGUCAGUGGAAAGAUAUAGCUACUCAUUUGUUUAGUUGUACCGAAGCACCAUUCUACAGAAAAAGUCAGCCUUUUGCCAAGUUAAUUGAAGUUUCGGUUUCAAAAGACGAUAGAACUGUAAGUUGUGGUGAAAAAGGUGCUUCCCUGUUCUUGGAUGACUCAUGGCCAUCGCAGGGCAGUUUUUUGCACCAUCUCUGCAAGAAUUUCUCUUCUUUGGGUCUCUGGUAGGGGAUUCAAAAAGAAAGCAGUCUGGUGCACAAUAAUACUUCUUUCACCAUCGGAAAUGGGAGGGCAGUGAAUUUCUGGAUGGAAUCUUGGUUUGGUCGAUCUCCAAUUAUGCAAAGAAUUCAGUACAGCAUUCAAAGCAGUUGCAUAUAAAAAAGCAAAACUGGCUGAACUUAUACAGAAAGGAAAAUGGUCCAUACAACUGAAGCAGGCUCCAAGGCCAGAAGUCACUCGACGAUUAUCCAACAUGCUGGCUAUUAUUGGUCCUCCACCAACCUUGACGGAUGAUGCUGAUUCCUGCAAAUUUCUGACAGCUUCUGCGGAUACAACUUCAGAAGGAUAUCAAUGCUUAAUGAAACAAUUACACCCAACCCCCUCGAAUCUCGAUUAUGUGUGGAGGAAGCAUGUUCCUCCAAAGACAAGUCUUCCUUUGGUUUGCAGCCCGAAAUGCAGUCCCAACAGUGAACAAUUUAAAUAUGAGGAUUGUAACAGAUUGACCACCACUUGCUGCUUAUGCAAACAGGAAGAAACAGUUGAUCAUCUUCUACUGAACUGCCCCCUUGCAAAAGACAUCUCAUCCAGAAUGCACCCACUUUGGGUUCACAAGCAAACUGUGAAGGAGCAGUUUGAACUUUGGCAAAGUUGGAGAAGAAAAAGCUUAACUGGAAAGUAUGGCGAAUUCUACCUUUUGUUGUGGCUUGGUCAAUUUGGAGUUUGGACAGAGAGAAACAGGAGGCUUUUUUUUUUUUUUUUUUUUGACAAGGAAACUUGAACAAAUGCGUCAGACCACAAGGAUGGGGAUUUCACGCAUUAAGGGGCUGUGGAUGACCUUGUAAGACUACUUUGUGUGGAGGGUUGACAGCCUAAUUAUAUCAUACCUUGCAUGCUCUCAAAAAUUUGAAGUAAAAUAAACAUAGUCGGGUGGGUUGUUUGUGAUUGACAACUGAAGUUGUGGGGGUGUGACUGAGAGGCAUAUUAUUGUUCAUCGUUGAUGGAAUAUAUUAUAAAUAUACAGUUUUUAAUUUCUCAGUA